GUCUUAGUGUCUCCCUCUCUAAACAAAAUCGAACGCAAUAAAAAUCACUAAAUAGAGAAGAAGACCAAAUAACAUUUCAACUUAAAAAAAAAAAAAGAGAGAGAGAAUAAUGGCGAAAGUCAUCUUCUUCCUUGCCUCGGCCCUUUGCUUGGCCACUCUCGUCAACUUCGCCGCCGCUGACGCCGACGACUUUGACACGUUCCACAUCAAGGGAUCCGUCUACUGCGACACUUGCCGCGUCCAGUUCAUCACCCGCCUCAGCAAAUUCCUUGAAGGGGCGAAGGUGAAGCUGGAAUGCAAGAACAGAGUGAACCAGACAGUGACAUUGGUGGAGGAGGCGGUGACGGACAAGUCAGGGAACUACGAGAUGGUCGUGACGGGCGACCACGAGGAAGAGGUCUGCGAGAUCGUGCUGGUGGAAUCGCCCGAGGCCGAGUGCCGUGAAAUCAACAACGAGGAGUUCCUCAGGAACGCCGCCAGGAUCAGCCUGACCGCCAACGACGGGAUCGUGUCCAACGAGACGAGGACCGUUAACCCUCUAGGGUUCAUGAGGAACACCCCUCUCCCCGACUGUCCCAAGGCCUUCAAGGAGCUUGACAUUGUCCCUGAUGUCAUCUUCUAAUCAUUUUAUUGAUUCGGGUUAAUUAUCAAUAUAUAUAUUUUAUAUUUAACUAUUUCUUUUUUUUGGGAAGAUAUAUAAAUAUAUAUAUAUAUUAAUGUUAUAAAUUUAUAAAUUUGUCUUGAUUUUUGCUUUUGCAAA